GCUAUUUGGGUGUUUUUUCCAGGGACCGAAGGCAGCAUGAAGAUUGUACUGUCCCUCCUGGUGCCUCUUCUAGUGGGACUCGUCUUUAUUCACGGGGACACCGAGGCAGACAAACCUGGAAAAUGCCCCCCUCCGGAGGAGCUGUCUCUAGGGGUGUGCUUUGCCAAACUGUGCCACAAUGACACUGAAUGCGUGGGAAGCCAGAAAUGCUGCAAGACCGGCUGUGAUGGCUACCAGUGCCUGAUGCCAGUAGAUAAGCCGGGAUCGUGUCCCCCUGUUAUAGAACCUCAGAAUGGGACCACCUGCGUCAAGACCACCCAGUGCAUAUCCGACACCAACUGUAACGACAACCAGAAAUGUUGUCCAGCGGCCUGUGACAGCACGUCCUGCCAGAUACCGGAAUAAUUCUUGGACAAGGAAGACUUUGCAGUUUCUGAAUGAAGGAGAAAAGACGACAACGACCCCCUUUAUAUAAAUAUAUUUUGUUUUCCGGUCCAUACCGGCAUUUUCUAUAUUGUAAUAUAUUUGCAGAAAUUAAAGAAUAAUCAGACGACCCCCCCCCCCCCUCCAGUAGGGGGCGAUGUAGCCACA